AUGCUGUCCACCAAAGUGAUUCAGGGUCUCAUGAGUGGCUUGAUUUACAAUCGUCCCGAAGAGCCUCUCAAGUUCUUGGAAAUGGCAAUAGCUCAGAUACGUGCGAAACCUGACGAGGAGUACAGAUGGGAUAUGUUCAUUGACAAAAGAAAAGGUCCUCAUGAGUGGCUUUUGAUUUACAAUCGACCCGAAGAGCCUCUCAAGUUCUUGGAGAUGGCAAUAGCUCAGAUACGUGCGAAACCUGACGAGGAGUACAGAUGGGAUAUGUUCAUUGACAAAAGAAAAGCAUCGGAUAUAGAGCGUUGA